AUGGAGCUGAUGGAAGUGGUGCUGGCUGUGGGAGCAGCACAGAUCCCAGGAGGUGCCACACACAUUCCUCCUGCCCCUGCCUUGGGGAUUUUAACGAGGCUCUGUUCUCUUGCAGGGGUCCCUGGUGCUAUCCCGGGAGGGGGAGUCCCAGGAGCAGGCUUUUUCCCAGGUGCUGGAGUUGGAGGUUUGGGAGCAGGACUCGGGGUUGGAGCUAAACCUCCCAAACCAGGUGCUGCAGGUCUCUUCCCAGGAGGUGCCUUCCCUGGGGGGGCCUUCCCAGGGGCCGCCUCGGCCGCAGCUCUCAAGGCUGCUGCAAAAGCUGGUGCUGUGGUACCGGGCGCGGUGCAGCCCGGGGUUGGUGCGGCAGGGAAACCCCCUAAAAUACCAGGUGCUGGGAUUCCUGGAGCUUUUCCGGGCGGCGUGCUCCCCGGAGCAGGCGUUCGCUUCCCUGGUGUAGGGGUGCUGCCCGGAGUACCCACUGGAGCUGGAGUCAAGCCUAAAGGUCCAGGAGUUGGAGCCUUUGGAGGAAUCCCCGGACUGGGAGGUUUUGGAGGUCAGCAGCCCGGUGUCCCUCUGGGGUAUCCCAUCAAAGCUCCUAAGCUCCCAGGUGGCUAUGGAUUGCCCUACACCAAUGGCCUCAGGCCCGGUGGGCCAGGAGCAGGCCUUGUGGCAGGGAAGGCAGGGUAUCCCACCGGGACAGGAGUCGGAGCUCAGGCGGCCGCGGCAAAGGCAGCAGCCAAAUACGGAGCCGGUGUCCUGCCCGGGGUUGGCGGCAUCCCAGGAGUCGGCGGUUUGGUACCCGGAGUGCCAGGAGCUGGAGUUGGAGGACCAGCGGCGGCAGCGGCAGCAGCAAAGGCGGCGGCAAAGGCAGGAGCCUUCGCUCCAGGGGCAGUGCCUGGAGUUGGUGGUGUCCCAGGCCUCGUACCCGGAGUUGGAGGUGUCCCCGGACUGGUGCCCGGAGUUGGAGCUGUCCCCGGGGUGGCAGGGGUGCCGUCGGCAGCAGCAGCAGCAAAGGCAGCUAAGAUCGGAGCUGGCGUUCCUGGCAUCGCUGGUGUUCCCGGCGUCCCUGGCGUCCCUGGCGUCCCCGGUGUUCCUGGUGUUCCUGGUGUCCCGGGCGUGCCCGGCGUGCCCGGAGUUCCUGGCGUGGUGCCCGGUGUUGGAGUGGGUGGCCCGGCAGCCGCAGCGGCCGCGGCGAAGGCGGCAGCGAAAGCCGCAGCUAAAGGACGCGUUCCCGGCGUUGGCGUUCCCGGCGUUGGCGUUCCCGGCGUCGGCGUUCCCGGCGUCGGCGUUCCCGGCGUCGGCGUUCCCGGAGUCGGCGUUCCCGGUGUUGGUGUUCCUGGUGUUGGUGUGCCCGGAGUUGGUGUUCCUGGAGUGGGUGUGCCCGGUCUGGUGCCUGGUGGGGUCGGCAUUCCAGGAGUUGGUCCUGCAGCCGCCAAAGCAGCCGCCAAAGCAGCCAAGUUCGGAGCAGGUGGCCUGGCUCCCGGUGUAGGUGGCCUUGUUCCCGGAGUAGGUGGCCUGGUUCCAGGAGUGGGUGGCCUGGUCCCUGGUGUUGGAGGCAUCCCAGGGGUUGGAGGUCCGGCCGCAGCAGCAAAAGCAGCAGCAAAGGCAGCGAAAUUCGGUGAGUCGGCCAGAGAAACCCACCAAUCACCUGCAGGGGCACAGGCUGGAGCUGGGGUCGGAGGGGUGCCCGGUGUCGGCGUGCCCGGUGUCGGCGUGCCCGGUGUCGGCGUGCCCGGUGUCGGCGUGCCUGGUGUUGGUGUGCCCGGUGUCGGUGUGCCCGGGUUGGUGCCAGGUGUGGGAGUCCCUGGAGCUGGUGUCCUCCCCGGGGCAGGCAUCCCCCAAGUAGGUGCUAAACCUCCCAAAUUUGGUGUGCCCGGGGUUGGAGUGCCAGGAGUUGGUGGCCUCCCAGGUGGCCUUGGAGUUGGUGGCCUUGGAGUCGGUGGGCUCGGUGUUGGAGCUGCUGGGAAACCUCCCAAGCCAGGUUUUGGUGCUGGUCUAGGGGUUGGAGUUCCCGGCUUCGGCGUGUCACCGAUAUUUCCAGGUGGGGUCGGCGGCCAGCUGGGAUUUGGUGGGAAGCCCCCCAAGACCUACGGAGGAGCCCUCGGUGCCCUGGGCUUUAGAGGCGGCGUGGGCUGCGCAGCAGGGAAGUACUGCGGGAGGAGGCGGAAGUAACCGCGGCCGUCACCGCUGACCUCAUGAACUUUGGUGCUACUGCAUGGUCCAGAAUGUAAAUCCCGAGCAAAGCUGAGACGCCCCCCUUUCCCAAAAUCCCCCCCGUCCAUCCCGGGGCCAUCCCCGGCCCCGGGUUCCCAGAAGGGAUCCAGCACCUCCGACAGCAUCCGUCGCCCCCCAGCCCCUCGGUCCCGGCAGGGAGCGCGGAAUAAACUGCGGGGAGCAGCCGUCCCCCUUGGUGCUAUCGCUCUCUGCGGGAUUUUGGGGGGGGGCUCGGGGGGUCGCACCCCUCCCCAGCCCCGG